CGUGCACCCGCGUCUGCCUUCGUCAUCUUGCAUCCCCGGAUCGCGUCCACAGUUAGACUGUGACGACGACAUGUUGAAGGGUGACGAUGGCGCCUUGUUCCUUUUGUUUUCACGAGCAUCUUGAUUGAUCCAUGAACCCUUUAUCGAGACGCGUUCCCUAUCCGAUGAAUGAAAUCGAACCAUUGAAGCACCUCUCGCUGUGACAAUGCCCAGCCCCUCAAAAAAGCGGAAGCUGAACAACAAUGGCAUCAAGGGGUCUGCCCCAGCUCCCAGAGGCCUGGAGUAUUUCUUCUCCAAACAGAGGGAGAAUACUACUGAAACUGCCAUCCAGCCGGAGCCGGCGGCAUCUACCUCUAGUGAUGCCGCCGCCGAGAUGACAGACGAAGAGCUGGCCCGUAAGCUCCAGGCAGAAUGGGAUCAGGAGGCUGCGAAUGAGAGGCAACCAGCUCAGGCAACCAGCCAAAAUACUCCUAGUGAGCCGAGUCAAUCAACUUCGGCCAAAGAAACUCCUGAUCCCGAGCCCAACCAAACCCUCGUGCUUCCAACAUCCCUCGCCAAACCCAGCCCAACCAAGGACAAGGGCAAGGGCACUCUCAGUCUUCAAUCAGCUGGGAUUUCUGAAGACACGACUUCAACAUCGAUACCGUUGGAUGAAUCGCCCCUUACCUUCCAGCCAUCGCAGUACUUGUCCCAGCUGCACGAACACUGGGCGACAGAGGGUGGAGCCGCUUCGUACGCCCUCCUCACGCGGUGCUUUGUGUUGGUCAGUGGGACUACAAGCCGUAUAAAAAUUGUGGAUACCCUUGUGAAUUGUUUGAGGAUCCUGAUUGAGGGAGACCCGGCAAGUUUACUGCCUGCGGUCUGGUUGGCGACAAACUCAAUAUCGCCACCGUACAUAUCCAUGGAAUUGGGACUUGGGGGCUCUGCCAUUUCAAAAGCUCUGAAAAACGUGUGUGGCCUUGACAAUAGGUCGCUCAAGGCCAUAUACAACAAGCAUGGCGACGCUGGAGAUGUGGCAUUCGAGGCAAAGAAGAAGCAGAGCUUUACCCUGCGGAAACCAAAACCACUGACCAUUAUGGGAGUAUACCAGUCACUAGUGAAAAUCGCAAAUAGCCAUGGGCAAGGCAGCGCAGAGGUCAAACAGAGGCUCGUAGACCGACUCCUACAGGACGCCCGAGGUGGGGAAGAAAGCCGGUUCAUUGUACGAACUCUGUGUCAACAUCUUCGCAUUGGAGCUGUAAAGACAACGAUGUUGAUCGCUUUGUCAAGAGCCUUUCUUCUAUCAAGACCGCCAGGGACGGACUUCCCCCUCAGAUCCGCUUCUGAACUGUCCAAGUUGAAGAAAGAGGAAUUGGCCGAGAUCUGGGCCAGAGGGGAGGAAAUCGUGAAGGGAUGUUUUGCCAAGCAGCCAAACUAUAGUGACCUGGUCCCGGUGCUUCUCGAAAUCGGCAUCUCGGACGAAUUGUUGAUUCGAUGUGGGAUUACUCUCCACAUUCCUCUUCGUCCGAUGCUUGGAAGCAUUACGCGGGACUUGUCCGAGAUGCUCACCAAACUACAGGGAAGGGAUUUCGCCUGCGAGUACAAAUAUGAUGGGCAACGAGCCCAAGUACACUGCGACGAGCAGGGAAAAGUGUCCAUCUUCUCCAGACAUCUGGAGCUCAUGACUGACAAAUACCCCGAUCUUGUUGAACUUAUACCAAAGAUUCGAGGAGAAGGAGUUAGCAGCUUUAUUAUGGAAGGCGAGGUGGUCGCCGUUGACGGUGCCACCGGGGAACUGAAGAACUUCCAAACUUUGACCAACCGUGCCAGGAAGGAUGUCGACAUCGGUACCAUCACGAUAAACGUCUGCCUCUUUUCAUUUGACCUGAUGUAUCUGAACGGUCAACCUCUCCUUGGUCGCCCAUUCCGGGAGCGACGAGAGUUACUCCGAUCUCUCUUUACGGAAGUCCCUAGCCACUUCACAUGGGUGAAGAGUCUUGAUGCUACUUCUGCAGACUCUGAGAUUGUGCUGGAGUUCUUUAAAUCUGCCACCGAGGGCAAGUGCGAAGGCAUUAUGGUCAAAAUACUGGAUAAUCUGACAACUUUACCACCCCUGGAUGAUACAGAGGAGCAACCCCCAGAGGCGACCGAGAAAAUAAUAUUACCCAAGUCCAAAGCAAAAGGCAAAGGAAAAGCCAAGUCGACCGAGGAAGACGGGGGUGAAAAGAAGGCCAAGUCGCGACGGAAACCUCUACUCGCGACAUAUGAGCCAGAUAAGCGACUUGACUCGUGGCUUAAAGUCAAGAAGGACUACAGCUCCAGCUUUGAUACACUCGACUUGAUACCCAUAGCUGGGUGGCAUGGCCAAGGCCGCAAGGCCAAGUGGUGGUCACCAAUUCUCCUUGCGGUUCGAAACGAAGAGACAGGAUCGCUCGAGGCCGUGUGCAAAUGCAUUUCUGGCUUCACCGACACCUUUUACAAAGCCAACAAGGAGUUUUACGACGAUGGACAAGAGAGUGGGGAGUCAAAGAAUACGCGAUCACAAAAACCCAGCUUCGUGGAAUAUUCAGGCCCUACACCGGAUAUAUGGUUUGAGCCGCAAGAGGUGUGGGAGAUGGCGUUUGCCGACAUCACUUUGAGUCCGACGUAUACCGCUGCAAUUGGACUGGUCAGCGACGAGCGGGGGCUGAGCAUGAGGUUCCCGAGGUUUUUGAAGAGGCGAGAAGAUAAGGGGAUAGAUGAGGCGAGCACGAAUGAUUUCUUGGCUGGUCUCUGGAGAAAGCAGGAGGCCAAGGCCGUAUCAGCACCGGCUGGCCAGGACCAAGCGGUAGAACAGGAUGCAGAAGAGGAAGAAUAA